AUGAGGCAACCAGCAGCCCAGCCAAGCAUGAUGAGAAUCGCCAUUGCCGGUGGCGGCGGUCUCGCCUAUGUCCUCGCGGCCCAAAUCACCCAGGGCGCCAACGCCGUCCUAGUCAUCUCCCAACAUGCCCACCCCGAGUUUGAGCAGGACUUCCCCGGGUGUCAGGUCGCCCAAGUCGACUUUAGCAACGUCGACGAGCUACGAUAUACCCUGCUUGGCGUAGACCUGCUUAUCUCGACCAUCUCGGGAAGCCAGCAGCUCGAUCUCAUCGACGCAGCAAGACAGGCCCGAGUUCGGCUUUUUGUCCCCUCCGAGUUCGAGGGAGAUGUGGAACAUCGACCGGCCGACGACCCGCUCGACCGCCACUCACACGCGGCACGCGAUCUCCUCGAUCAUUGGGCGCUGUCGACGACCAACAACAUGCGCUACACCAUCUUCUCUUGCGGUAUCUUUAUGGAGAGGUUUGCACCAGGCGGCCUGGAGCAGUAUCGGAUGGGAGCCGGCUCCGGACUGCAGACACCGAACGACUAUCUUAUCAACGUCGGGGAGGCUACGGGCGAAAUUGUCGAAGGGACCGCCUCCGGCCGGCCGGCGCGGGUUUCUCUCACCUCGGUCUACGACCUGGCGCGUUUUGUGGCCGCGGCCAUCGAGAUGGGCCCAGCAAAUUGGCCGAGGGAGUACAGAAUCAGGGGCGACAGCUUGACAGUGCGAGAUAUACUUGCCACUUGCGAGGCUGUUCGUGGGAUACGCUUUGGCGCGGUGAGCCGCAGCUACCAAGACGUGGAGGCCGAGGUGGUACAGUGUGAACAAGCUCAGUACUUGAGCCGUUGGUACUACCUUCAGAGACUAUUGCAGACGGCCAAUGAACGAUACCACAUACGCAGGCCCAACCUUGUCGAAGACGUCAACCGCGCCGAAGCAACGCGGAUCGCGCCUCCCACGAGAUUCAGACGGUGGUUGGAGAAUGUGUGGGGCCCUGCUGUCUGA